AUGUUAAAGAAAAACUGCCUAAUAUUUUUGCUAUUUUUUUCAACCGUUCACAGUGCUACGUUAUUUGAAAGUUCGUAUGAAUAUGUAUUAAAUUUGGGGAAAAAUGUAGCGCCAAGUGUUAUGUCGAUUUUCGACUGCUUCAGCGAGGACGAUGCGUGGAACUGUGCAAAGGAGAAAGCGGGUAAAAUAUUGGAUAGUUGGGGCGAGGAAGUGGACAAACAGCGUCGAAAAUGGCAGGAUGCCGCUGAUGCGGAGGUUCGAUCUUCUGGCAGAACCCUGAAUGAAAUGCCAUCGCAACUUGGCAAGGAGGUGGAACAAUCGCUGGAAUCACUUGCAGACCUCAUCCAACAUGGAGUAGCGAGGGCAUUGGAAAGAAAUCACCACGAGAGCAAGGUAGGGAUAGACAUGAAAACAUUCUCUGUAUCGAGCAACGAUAAGAAAAGAUUGAAAAAGAAGAAACAAGGAACACAUGAAAUUCACCUUCAUCAUCCAAUUAUGAUGCCGGUUCAUAAACAAGAAGAGGAAGGACGAGGAUUUCCAGGGAAAGUUCAAUCAUGGAUUAUAGGAGCAAGAGAUUUAGCUGAUGACAAUGCAUCUCUAAACACAGCUUCCUCAGACCCAGUUGACUCCACAAGUGCUGUGUAUGGUCCUAAAUUUGAAAUGGAAGAUACUGGUUCAGAAGAUUUCGAAAAUAAUACAGAGGACACUGAAACAGAUAAUGAUGCUAAAAACGAAUUAAGUGAUUCGAAUACUGACGUAUAUAAUUUUAGGAAGAGUAGAGGUCUGAUUUCUGAUAUGUGGGGGAUUGGAGCGAAAGCACUGGAUGCACUCGCCGAGCAUGUAAUCGAGAAUGAAAACGCUGACAAUGGAAUCCAAGACAAAAGUUCAUUAGAAGAACAAAGGGGUAAGAAAAAGAAGAAAAAGAAGGCCAUCCUGAAGCUGCUGAUCUUGGGUGCGGUGCUCAAGGCUAAGAUUGGAACGUUACUGCAAAUCCUGUCAUUUAAAUUGCAGGUGAAGUUCUUCAUAAUCGCGUUGAUCGGUCUCGCGAUCAACCUGGCAAGGUUCUGGGUUGAACUGAAGAAUAAGCACCACCACCAACCGCAGAAGGUGAUAUAUUACGAGCACGCUCAACAUCAGCACCAUUAUGAUGAGCACGAAGAGGAGCCCGGCUGGGGACCCUGGUCCAGAACCAUAGACCCUGAGGAAGAGUUGGACUUAGAGUUAAACAACCGACCCUACAGAGCACAGGAGCGCAUCUCACUCAGUACCAACAGACCACUGCUAACACUAACCUAA